AUGGUCUCUGCUAAUGACAAUAUUUACCGUGCACCAGCAAGCAGUAUUCAGAGUGACGUAGAAGAGCUGUUCACGCAUGAUACUCGUGCAUUUGUCUAUGGGAUGCAGCCGAAGGCGGUGCAAGGAAUGCUUGACUUUGAUUUUAUUUGUGGAAGAAAAACGCCAUCAGUAGCAGCGAUUAUUUAUACAUUUGGAGGACAGUUUGUUUCAAAGAUGUAUUGGGGAACGAAAGAAACCUUGCUUCCUGUUUAUCAGUCUACAUCAGAUGCUAUUGGAAAGCAUCCAGAUGCAACAGUUGUUGUUAGUUUUGCAUCAAGUCGUUCUGCAUAUUCUAGUACAAUGGAGCUUCUUAGAUAUUCACAGAUCAAAACUAUUGUUAUUGUUGCAGAAGGGGUUCCUGAGAGGCAUUCACGGGAGAUUCUUCAUAAGGCAAAAGAACGAGGGGUUAUUAUUAUUGGGCCAGCUUCUUUUAGUACAGUUGGCGGGAUUAAAGCAGGGUGUUUUAAGCUUGGGAAUACUGGUGGGAUGAUGGAUAAUAUCGUUUCGUCUAAACUUUAUCGUCCAGGGUCAGUAGGAUAUGUGUCUAAAUCUGGGGGUAUGUCUAAUGAGCUAAAUAAUAUUAUUUCCAAUGUCACGGAUGGUGUUUACGAGGGUAUUGCUAUUGGUGGGGAUCGUUAUCCAGGGACUACAUAUUUGGAUCAUCUUUUGCGUUAUGAAGCUGAUCCUAAAUGUAAAAUACUUCUUCUUCUUGGUGAAGUGGGUGGUAUUGAAGAAUAUCAUGUGAUUAAAGCUGUUGAAGCCGGAUUAAUUAAGAAGCCGUUGGUUGCAUGGUGUAUUGGCACGUGUGCAUCUAUGUUUAAUGUUGAAAUACAAUUUGGUCAUGCUGGAUCGUUUGCUAAUUCUAGUCGUGAAACAGCUUUUGCUAAAAAUUCUGCAAUGCGUGAGGCAGGGAUUUAUGUUCCAGAUACUUUUGAAGAUCUUCCUCAAUUACUUAAAACAGUUUAUGAUGAUCUUCUUAAUAAAGGUGUUAUUCUUAAAAAAAAAGAGCCUAUGGUUCCUAAAAUACCUAUGGACUAUUCUUGGGCUCAAGAGCUUGGUCUUAUUAGAAAACCUGCUGCUUUUAUUUCAACUAUUUCGGAUGACCGAGGGCAAGAGCUUCUUUAUGCUGGUAUGCCUAUAUCGGAUGUUUUUAAAGAAGAUAUUGGUAUUGGCGGUGUCAUGAGUCUUCUUUGGUUCAGAAGAAGGCUUCCUUCAUAUGCUUCUAAAUUUCUUGAGAUGGUUCUUAUGCUUACAGCGGAUCAUGGUCCAGCUGUUUCUGGUGCUAUGAAUACCAUUAUUACAACUCGUGCUGGGAAGGACCUUGUGUCAUCUCUUGUUUCCGGACUUUUGACUAUUGGUACUCGAUUUGGAGGUGCAUUAGAUAGUGCAGCUGAAGAAUUUACUAAGGCUAUGGAUAAGGGACUUUCUCCUAGAGAGUUUGUUGAUAGUAUGAGAAAACAGAAUAAAUUAAUACCUGGAAUUGGUCAUAAAGUUAAAUCUCUAAAUAAUCCUGACCUUCGUGUACAAAUCGUUAAAGAUUACGCUAAGAAAAAUUUCCCUUCUACUAAGCUUUUGGAUUAUGCGCUAGUUGUUGAGAGUAUAACUACUUCGAAAAAAGAUAAUCUUAUUUUAAAUGUUGAUGGAUGCAUUGCUGUGUGUUUUGUUGAUUUGUUAAGGAAUUGUGGUGCGUUUACUACUGAAGAGGUUGAAGAUUAUUUGAAGAUGGGUGUUCUUAACGGGCUUUUUGUAUUAGGAAGAAGCAUUGGACUUAUUGGGCAUUUCUUGGAUCAAAAAAGGCUUCGUACUGGCUUAUAUAGGCAUCCUUGGGAUGACUUUUUGUAUUUAGGACUAGAUAAAGAAGUGCCAGGUGCAACUAAGCGGGCACUUGUUUAA